AUGGACAAGACAAGUCGUAUUGUGGCAAUCGAGGGUAACACUGGUAGUGGAAAAUCGCAGGUCCUGCAAUGGCUUUCGACGUUUCCUGGCGUGCUAAUUUGCGAGGAACCAAUAGAGGAUUGGAGAAAUUUCUCGGGACAAAAUUUGCUCGACCUUCGUUAUUCUGAUCCUAAGCGAUGGAGUUUUGCAUUUCAGAGUCUCGUUCAACUGAGCCGUAUAAAAAUGUAUAGCGAAAGCGUGGACAACCCAAGAGCCAUCAGGUUCAUAGAAAGAUCAUUGCACAGCAACAGGUAUUGCUUUUUGGAAACGGCGAAAGAAAUGAAACAUCUUGAAGAAAUUGAAUUUGCUAUUUUGGCAAAGUGGUUCCAAUAUUUGGAGUGUGAACCCCGUACACGACUGGAUUUAAUUGGUAAUAAAUUUGUGAUACAAAUUCAAACGGUAUUAGUUACGGUUUUUUUUCAAAUAAAUGCAGUUUAUCUCCGAACAUCUCCUGACGUGGCCUUGAAUAGGAUUAAAACUAGAAAUCGCAUUGAAGAGACUGGAAUCACUCGUGAUCAAAUCAGAAACAUUCACAAUAAGUAUGAAACUUGGAUUUUAAGUGGUGCGUCUGGCUUCAAAUUUGUCGUUAUCGAUGCGAAUAAUGACGAGAACACCGUUCAAAAACUGAUAAUGCAUCACUUAAAGCAACAUAAUAUUUUUGAAUGAGUGUGACGUUCGGUGAUAAAGCGUAGUGCAUGGAUCCCUUUGUAUGAAAACCUCAUGUAGAGGCAUGUUUCCCUUUGGCUUCGAUAAAUAAUUUCGUAUCUAGUUAAAGUAGGAAGUAAAAGUUGUGAAACAUUU